UUCAUCAGUCUGUUGUGUGUAGCGUUUGAGGUUGGAGGAUGUUAGUACCACUCAGAGUUGUAGACGUAAAAGAAUAAAACCGGUAUUCAACCUUUCUACAAUGUUAACUUAAAUUGUUUCUAUAUAGCCAUGGCUUGCAGUUUUUAUUGGAAAUAUGAAAAUUACGGUGCAGUGCUUUUCAUUUUGAACGUUUUUUCGUUAAUUAGUGCCCACAGACUUUGUAACCAUGUGCACCCAAAACACUAUGAGGUCAAUCAUGUUCACAUCGAACCGGAGCAUUUAAUGAAGAAACGCAGUGUUGAUCAAAAUGUACGAAUUUUGCUAUGGUAUGACGACAGUGUCUAUAGGUUAGACGAAGAAAAGUUCGAAGUUAUAAACAAUACUAUUUUACCAAAAGCUGUUAAGUUUUGGGAACAGGCGUUGUUUGUAAGAAAAGUAGAAAAUGUUAUUAGACUAACAAGAAAAUGCAACGACACUCAAAUUUUUAUAAAAAAUUCGCUGACACAUUGUAUAGAUAAUUGCCUUGAAAAGACAAUGUGUGGUGAAGUUGAGGUUCCUGAAGAGCAUUUAGACGCAUGUAGGAUAUGUAAUUCGACCGGACAAGAUUGUAAAAUUGCCAAAGGUUCUAGGCCAGGUGAAGGUAUAAAUGGUUUCGACUUUAUUUUUUACAUUUCCGCAAUGCAAACCGUAAGGUGUAAUAAAUCAUUAACAGUGGCUUACGCUGCCCACUGCCAGCAAGAAACUUCGUUGGAUAGACCUAUUGCAGGGCAUGCCAAUCUGUGCCCGGAAAGUAUAAAUACUAAAGCACAGGAGUUGGAAACGUUACUGUCAACUGUUAAACACGAGAUAUUGCAUGCCUUGGGGUUUUCUGUUAGUUUAUUCGCUUUUUAUCGGGAUAAAGAAGGCAAGCCUCUCACCCCUCGAAAACCCGAUACUGGAAAACCUAUACUUAACGAGAAGUUGCAGACGUAUCAAUGGAGCGACAAAGUUAUAAAAACGUUCAGACGAAGGAAUUGGUUGGUUCGAAAGGGGUAUGUGGAAAAAGAAGUGAAUAUGAUUGUCCUUCCGAAUGUUGUUAAGGAAGUGCAGGAAUAUUUUAAUUGUACCGAACUUGAAGGCGCUGAAUUGGAGGACCAGGGGGAGGAUGGUACUGCCUUGACUCACUGGGAGAAAAGAAUUUUCGAGAACGAGGCCAUGACUGGAACUCAUACUCAAAAGCCGAUUAUAUCUAGGAUCACUUUAGCUUUAAUGGAAGAUACAGGGUGGUAUAGGGCGAACUAUUCGAUGGCCAGUUCGAUGACUUGGGGGAAGAAGUUAGGAUGUGAUUUUGUCAUGAAAAGUUGCAAGGAUUGGAUGGUGUCGAAAUCCGAAAGAGGUUUAUCAGUUCAUCCAUUUUGCAAUAAGGUAAAACGUGACCCCCUCCAAACUGAAUGUACUGACGACAGGGCUUCUGUUGCCCUCUGUAACCUUGUAAAGCACGAUGAUGUUUUGCCAGAGCUCUAUCAGAAUUUCGAUUCGAUAGAGUAUGUAGAAAGUGGUACUGAAAUGUAUUAUGGUGGAUCGGUAACGUUAGCCGAUUAUUGCCCCUAUAUUCAGGAAUUCACCUGGAAAAACAAUAACACUAUAAUUCGAGGAUCUCACUGUAGUUACGAAGAAAAUAAUCCAAGCCCAGGUAAGAACUUCGUCCUGGAGAAAUAUGGAAGUAAUUCCAAGUGUUUCGACCAUACUGCUCAAAUGUGGGAAGAAAGAUCCUGCCGUCAAAUGCGUCAAUGGUUGCACUGGGGGUCCGGCUGUUAUGCCUACCGUUGCGAAAAUGGACGAUUGCAUAUUUUGGUGGGAAAUUAUAGUUACACCUGUUUUCAUGCUCAUCAGGAAAUAUCAAUUAGAAUAAUAAGCGACAAUUGGCUACACAAGGGUGCAAUUAUCUGUCCACCCUGUAGGCAGAUUUGUGGGGAAAUAUUCAGCUCAAGGGGCGAGCAUUGCAAAAUUGGGGAAGAGGCACCCCCGCCGACUCACUAUCCGAGAGACGAGUUACAAUGUGGUUCCUCGACACAUUUCAUAAUUAGUAUUAGCGUAUUGUUCUUGAUAACAGUAUUACUUGCGGCUGUUAGCUGACAUUACAUGGACUGUACAUUAAAUAACAUUCUGUCGUGUUCUUUUCGCAAUAUGUGUCCAAGGCGCAAUUAGUUUGGACCAUAUUUCAUGACGAAAAGAACCCCCAACGUCACACACACACUUGCAAAAUUUAAACAUUAAACAAAAGACAUGCUACACUACAAUUUUUUUUUACAUAACUAAACUACUACAAAUUAUCCGAAUUAUUCAAAGGCUACCUACUUAUAUGACAACGACAACGUGCCAUAAAUUAUCACGUCGAAAAUUGAUUAACUUCAGUAUUGUUUAAAAAACAAAAAAUUAAGGAAUGCUUUAAGAGUAGGUUUUGUUUUAUUGGAACAUGGGUGCAAUUUUCUUUCCCCUGCAUAAUGAUUGAUUUGCGUUUGUGAUAACGAUAUAUCAUGCUACCACCACAAAAAGGGUAGACACACACACAUACGAGAAAUUCUAAUGCCUACUUGGAGAAUAAAAUAUUACCCGCACUUCAACCAAUAUCGGUCUGAUUUUUGCCCCUCUGAUAGAGGCCGUGCAAUGUGAAGCAUUUAAGGUCAUAAAACUUCUUGAUCCAAGACGCUUACCAUGGCGUGCUGGUGAGAUCGAAAAAACUCCGCGUUUGCGGUUUUAACGAAUGAAAAGCAAAAAUCUGAUCAUUUUUAACAUCGUUCUUUCUUUUUUUGUGUAGAUGCUUGAUGUUAAAAAGAAAAUUCUUAAACUUUCCGUGCUUUUUAACGUAAAGAAAAAGUAAUUUACAUGAAAACGCUGUUUCCUGUAUUUAAAAUAAUUUUUUUUUUUAAGUAAUCGUGUUCAAAUUAUUAAACUUCCAUUCCAUUUCGUGAUUUAAACGUAGUAGCUGUAAAAAUUACUAGGUACCUAAACUUGAAAUCUACAAGUGCAUUGGUGUUAUUAUGGCGUUAUCACUGACAUGCGUAAACGAAGCAUAUUUUAUACUUGUAACGCCGUAUUUUUUUAAAGUAUAUUUUAUAUUUGUAUAAGGAAAAGUGAUGACUAUAUUUUUUGUAUUUUCCUACAGCUUAUUUAAAGGUUUUUAUAUUCGCUGUAUUUUUACGUUUAAUGCUAGUUUGAAACCGGCACAAAUAUUUAUACAUGUGGCUGUGUUUAGAAUAUGUUGUCUAGAUAUAUUAUUACUAUAUGUAUUUGAUAAGAUAAUUUUACCACGUAUGGGCGUAAUUUGUGACGUACAGUAUACAUAUAUAUAUACACAUUUGAAAUGAAUUAAGCGUUUAUGUGUAUAUAUUAAUAGGCUGUGUCAAAAAAACUCGAUAUUUUUUUUUCUUGCUCUCCCCUCAAAAUAUCGUAAAAUAUGUCUAAACAAAUAUCCUGUUAGAAGCGGAGCUCAUAAUUUCAAUUUUAAGAGGUCCAUCAUCGAAUCUGAAAUUUUAGCGUUUAAGAAACACAGAAUAAUGAUUUUUUACCGUAUUUAUUCUUGCAACCCAAGAAGAAUUUUUUUUUCUAUAAAAUCCAUAGCUAUAUCUUAUAGUACACUAAAUUUGGAACAAAAAAUCUCAUUUUU